AUGACUAUCCGAGAGGUUGCAUGCUAUGACUUGGUGACAACAACUGAGACUUAUGCCAAGCUUCCUAAUUUAGAACAACUGGAUCUCUCAAACAAUCAAAUAUUUGGUUGUAUUCUAGAAAAUAUUGGAGAAGUCAUGCAAAAUCUAUGGAUCUUGGAUCUCUCCAAUAACAGUAUUUCAGGAUUUAUUCCCAACUCCACAGGGAAUAUGGAGGGUUUGACGGCACUAUCAACCUUCACAGCAAUGAAAGUUACAGAGAAGAUGGCUGAUUACAAUUACGAUCGCAAGUACAGCUUCUAUUAUAUGGGAAGAAUUCCAGAAUCAUUGACAAAAUUGAUAGGCUUGCGCGUGUUAAACCUAUCUGGAAACGACAUGAUUGGGAAGAUUCCUCAAGAGAUUAAUCAAUUGCAAGAGCUAGAAUCGAUGGACCUCUCGAACAAUCUAUUCUCUGGUGGCAUUCCUCUAAGCAUGUCAUCUAUGAAUUAUUUGGGCACAUUGAACUUGUCCUACAACAUUUUGUCAGGUCCAAUUCCUUUUGCGGGCCACAUGAGCACAUUCGAUGAUGCCUCAACGUACUAUGGAAACGAAAAUCUUUGUGGUCCUCCUCUUCCUACGAAGUGUGAUAGUCCAAUAUCUAACAAUGUUGGGGAUUUGAGAACCGGGUCACCAGAGGUCCGGCAAUUUUGGAUUAGUGCGGGCUUGCGCUUUGGGAAUGGAUUUGGAGGAUGGUACUUAGUUCUAGCCAUUAAAAGGAAAUGGAACAAUGCAAUUCUCAAAGUCAUGGACUUCAUCGCUGAGAUUUUGAUCACGCGAUUGCAACAUUUAUUUCCCAGAAGAAAUAGGUGA